CACUUCGACGGAAGUCCGAGCACUCAAAGCUGUGAUUUCCGAUCGUCUUCCCUCCACCACCCCUCCUCUGAAAGAUAGUAAAGAAACCCAGAAUCCAAAUGUCUCUAGGGUAUGUACAGAAGCUCUCAUUCAAAGAAGAUGUUGGCACUCUGGGAAUGUCUGAAAUUUUCGACCCACCUAAUGUUUUGCAGCAAAAGAUAGAAGAACUUGCAUCGCUGAUAGAAGAGAGUAAGCAUCUAGUGGUAUUCACGGGUGCUGGAAUUUCAACAUCAUGCGGAAUACCUGAUUUUCGCGGUCCAAAAGGAGUUUGGACACUUCAGCGUGAAGGCAAAGGUGUGCCUGAAGCAUCGCUGCCAUUUCAUAGAGCAAUGCCAAGUUUAACGCAUGUGGCUUUGGUUGAACUAGAAAAGGCUGGAAUCUUGAAGUUUGUUAUUAGCCAGAAUGUUGACAGCAUUCACCUUCGUUCUGGAAUACCAAGGGAAAAACUUGCAGAAUUACAUGGUAACUCAUUCAUGGAAAUUUGCCCUUCUUGUGGAGCAGAGUAUCUGAGGGACUUUGAGGUGGAGACAAUUGGGAUGAAGGAAACACCAAGACGUUGUUCUGAUAUAAAAUGUGGAGCAAAACUUAGAGAUACUGUUCUUGAUUGGGAGGAUGCUCUGCCUCGAAAAGAGAUGAAUGCAGCUUCAAAACAUUGUCGAAUGGCUGAUGUUGUUCUCUGUCUUGGGACCAGUUUGCAAAUCACUCCGGCUUGCAACCUUCCUUUGAAAUCUCUACGUGGAGGGGGGAAGAUUGUAAUUGUAAACCUUCAGCCUACUCCUAAAGACAAGAAAGCUUGGUUGGUGGUCCAUGGGAUGGUUGACCAGGUUAUGGCAGGGGUAAUGGAACGUCUUAAUUGUCAAAUUUCUCCAUAUGUUCGAAUUGAUCUUUUCCACGUCAUUUUCAAUCAAACCCACUGCAUUGGAGAGAGGAAAUACACUAAAUGGUCACUCAGGGUGAUUAGCGUACAUGGAGAAAAGGCUCCAUUGUCAUUCAUUAAAUCGGUCGAGAUAUCAUUCCCUGACAGGCCAGAACUAAAAGUAGCUGUACUCCAGAAACAACCAUUUGUGCUGAAAAGGGAAAUGCUUUUAAGACCACUUGACAUACUGUUGAAGAUCAACCUCAGUGAUGGUUGCGGGUGUCAGUUUGUCAACAUUGAUUUCCCGGUGAAUUUCGAGGAGUCCUCUGGUUGUGUCAAUUUAGACAAAGAUAAGGUGAUUCAGAAGCUUAAAGAUGUAACAGUCCAAGAUCAAUGUUGUGGUAAGUUUUCGGUGAUUGAGAGGAAGAACGUUCCAGGCCAGAAAAAGGAACUGUCCACCUAUGCUGUGGUAACGAACAUAGUUAAAUAUGGAGCCAUCGCACCGAUUGCAAAAUUGUCUGUAGUCAAUACAGUUGCCAAGAGAUCAAAAGAAAAAGUUGAUAUCAGGAGUGAUGACUGUUUGAUGGCGAGCUGUGAAGGUGAAGGGACCAUGAAGAAGUUGAGAGUUCAAUAACUCUGCUGUUAGGAUUUAUAUUUAGAACUGUCUAGUGUCUACAAGGAUGGAUGGUGGACUCUAUGGAUGUCUGGGAGUCUGCAUGGUGGAUGCAACAUGGAUGGACUCAAAUGUGAUGGUAGAGAUCAAGUGCAUCUAGGGUGCUGAAAGAUGGUCUCUUUAAAUGUGAAUAUCUAGCUAGAGGUUUGUAAUUCUUGGAAUCUUUGAAAUAUGUUUUCCUUAUACAAAUUUUGAGAUUUUAGAAUCU